CCCCACGUGCAUAACGCUUCGCUAGCAUUCGAUUGGUAGGUGUCACAUUAAGAACGCAAGGGUAGAUAGAUAUCUAGUUUGAAUUAUAUAAAACGCAUAAGCUCUCAUACUAAAACUGAAACUAAAAUGCUGUGUCGGUUUAUUUUACUUUGUUUUUGCUUGCUAUUCGUCGGGCAUGUCUGGUCCGCGCCCAAGAGGGGCUCAAGAUUCAGCUCCUGGUUUUUAGAGUCAGGGAUAAGAAAAGCCCGAAGCCAAGCGGUGCAAGAGGGCACUCAAGCUCUUGAAACCAAGCGUGAACUAUCUUCUAGGAUCACUGAAGUUUGCGAUCGUCUAUACAUCAACAACUACCCAGUAUCUUUCUACGUCUGUAGCAGCUGCGCAGAUGGACAAGAGACAGACUGUAUGUACGGCGACUGCCCAAGCCAGCAGUGUGCAGACUUCGUGGUGGGUCCUAACGACUGGUGUGCCAAAUGCCCUAAUGGUCCCAACUGCUGGGUGGAGAACAGAUUGAUCCCAAUGGGUAAUGUGGUGAGCUUUCCCAACGGCACCACAUGUAACUGCGUCUAUGGCGGCAAUCAAGUUGUGAGGACACUGUGCAGCUACCUGUCGGACGGGGUAGUCAUCGAGUACUUUCAUGGUCCCGAGUACGUGUCUUGGGUGUAGACUAUGUAUUGAUUUUGUGGAAAGAAGCCUUCCUGAUUACGAAUGUGUCAACCACCAUGCAAGGAGACAUGGUGUUCUGUAGUAUUUUAUAACUUUAUUGUUACUAUGUAUACCUUUUUAGUUCUUGUUAAUAGCUUGACUUCAUUUUCUUUAAAUAACUUGUAAAUAACUAGUCUAGAACUUUCAUAGAAUAAAAUGAAUUACAUAUAACUUCA